UCUGCUUUUUUUAAACAUGUGUUUCAUUGUUGGUGUAUAGGCUACUGCCUGAAUAUGCUUAAUGAAAGUCAGGUUUUCCUAUCAAUAAAAUAUCUUGGUUUUUCGACGCUCGCGAAACAGAGGGCUUCAUCAUAUAACUUUGAGUGGGGCCUCAUGUUGGCCAGGGACGGACAUGAUGCUCCCAGGCUCAACAUAAUCUUUGUUAUAAUAUGGAUAAGAAACACUUCCUGGAAUAAUGGACAGACGCCCUGGACCCAGUGUUGCUUUCAUCUGACUCCGCUGCUACUUUACCGGCAAAAACAAAUAAAGUAAUACAACGGGAAACUAACUAUACAUUUAAACCGACCCUCAGGAACCUGACACCGAAUAUUAAACAGUGGAAAACCCCGAAGUCCAGGCAGGAAGUUUGAGCGACAUCAACGAUGGAAGAGAACAGGAGAAAGCCGUGGAACAAUAAUCUGACUAUCAUGAACCUUUUUUCCAGAAGGCAUUGCUUGGCCUUCUUUUUCAUCGUGGUUUUUGCUGUCAUAUUUUUUGCGCUACAGAAAUACGAUUUCAUUGAGCUCAUAAAGCCCUUCCCCCCCAUCCCCCCCCCAAAAACAGCUCACUCCAAGCUGAACUCAAAUGUUUGCAGCCCUGCCGUUACCAAUGGCUCGAAAAUGCAACAGGGCGUGUGCACCUUUAAGCAACUGUCCCCUAAGGAGGCUGAAGAGGAACGCCUCAUACUGGAAUCCAUUGCUUGGCCGGAAAUCCCACCUUGGCCCACUCCUAUAUCCAUAGAGACCACCUGUGAUCCAGCUCACAGCUCCUUUACCAUCUUACCAAGGAGAGGAGGAGGACAGUGGCAGAUAGGGGAUCAGCUGAGGGUCAUGAUCGAAAUGUCUGACUUCAAAGGCCGCCCCAAGACUUCGGGGGGAGACUUCUUACUCGCACGGCUGAAAAACUCCAAGCUUCAAGCGGGCGUGGUUGGAAAAGUGGUGGAUCAUCUCAAUGGGAGCUACUCCGCUGUAUUCUCAUUGUUCUGGGAAGGAGAUGCAGUGGUUGAGGUGACGAUGGUUCAUUCUGCUGAGGCCAUCGCUGUGCUGCAGAGGCUGACCAGGGAGCAUCCUUACAGGAUGGCCUGGAAGAGCAUCUUCCGUUCAGGCAAAGUUUCUGAAACCACCAUGUGUGGGGUCUGCCUGCAGCCCACCCCCCUGCUGCUGUGCAACUUCACCGACCUUCGUACAGACGAGCCUUGGUUCUGCUUCAAGCCAAAGAAACUGAGCUGUGAAACCAGGUUCCGUCAAUUGAGUGUGAACUUUAAAAAAAUCCGCUUUCUCAACCCCAAGGAGGAUCUGCUCUUUCGAAAGUCUGUCAACAUGAAAGUCUACAUUAAGGCUUCAGGACCUGCCUUUGUCAGCGUGGUUCCAAAAAAAGAAGAUCAACCAGAGGCGAAGAGCCUCAUCGGGACACCCGGACCCAGCGGCCAUUACUACAAGGGUGUGUGGAGGGCAGUAGGCAGCCCCAUAGUUCGCCAGUUUGACAACCCUGCCACCAGAGAGUGUCUGAAGGCCAAGAAACUCCACCUUUACGGAGAUUCCACCAUCAGGCAGUGGUUUCAAUUCUUAAGCCAAAAGAUAUCAGGUCAGUUCAACCUUCACGUGGAUGUGAAUGCUGGCCCCAUGAUGGCCGUGGACCAUGCGGACAACAUUCUGAUGACGUGGCGCUGCCACACCCCCCCUCUCGAUACCCGCACGGUGCUGGUCAGACAGCUGCGCUACAUCGCCAACGAACUCGAUGGCUUGGUUGGAGGCGCAGACACUGUUGUGGUUAUUGGCGUCUGGGCACACUUCGGCCCAUUACCAAUAGAGAUUUACAUCCGGAGGAUGCUGAGCAUCCGCAGUGCGGUGCAGCAGCUGCUGGACCGCGCCCCGAACACCGUGGUCAUCAUGCGGAGCGGAGCCCUCAGAGAACAGAACCUUUAUAUAUCGCAAUCAUACAGCGACUGGUACUCCAUGCAGAUUGAUCGUGUGCUCGGAUCCCUGUUCAAAGGAGUGAAUGUUCACUGGGUCGAUGCCUGGGAGAUGGUUCUUGCCAAUGACUUGGGUCACAACAUCCACCCGCUAACUCCCAUUAUUAAGAAUAUGGUGGACGUUCUGUUGACCCACGUAUGCCCCAUAAAGGGUUGAUCGAUUUCUGUUCAUUUAUACAAAUUAGGAACACAAUGAUUCAAUGAUUCGUCAGACUAUUCUAAUUCAAUCAGUGGGUUAAACACAUGAAUCCUCAGUAAUAAUAUGAU